AUGUGGAGCGAACAACAAGUCGCGGUUGUGAUAAGUUUCAUUGUGACAAAUUGCUUCAUUCAAAUUUCAUGUAAUAUCAUAAGCAAUACAUCAAGUGUUGAAUUGAUUGAUAAUAUCGUUGUCAUCGAUAGCAAUAAUAAUCAUCAUGAUAAAAGCGAAAAGUAUAUUGAAGUUGAAGUUCCAUCAAAGCUGUCAAACUCAGUGGAGGUGAGCAACAACUACGACUAUUUUGAUUGCUCUUGUUCGGCAGAUGACCAAGACUGCAUUCUGAAAUGUUUGAGCGAGGACAAUAAAGAUGAUGGAAUUGGCAAUAUGUUCCUCUUAACAGCAGGUGAAGUACUUUUGGGAACGGCAAUCAUAAUGGGACUUUCAGCACUCGUGACAUUACUUUUGAGAGCAUGUACAAGAACAAGAAUGCCAAGAAAUGGACGAGAUAUACCAGACAUGUUAGAUGCAUUCGAUAGAAAUGGAAAUCGAGCAUCACUGACGUCGUUGCAGCAAACAGUAAUGUCAAAAUUACGUGAUAGACCACCAAGGUAUGAGACUAGACACAAUUAUGAGUAUAGAAGGAGAGAUGAUUCAGAUGGAGAUAGAAAUAUUGAACAAACACAUCAAGCAACAAGCAUACGAAAUGUUGCUGUCCUCAAUCCAAAUGCAAAUCGCAUUAACGAGCCACCACCUCCAUACGAGACAGCAGAGGAUGCAAAUUCAGUACAUGAGCUUCCUCCUGCUUAUACAAUAAACUUGUCAUCACAUGAUGAUGGUAGCAACAGAGGUGGUGAAAACCGAACAGAAUGUGUGGGUGGAAUUACCAAUCAAUCUUUCACAUGCGAUGAAAAUCAACAGCAAGAGCAACAACAAUCACAACGGCAAGGCCAAACCACUGGUGGGAACGAAAAUACGAGGAAUGAAGGCGAUAUUAGGAAUAAUUCAAUUACUAAUAGGACAUGCGAUAAUGUGCUAUAUAUUUAA